AAAAAUGCCCCUUUAUUCGACUGGAAGUACCCAAGCUUGGUAUUCACCUAAACAGGCCUUGUGUAUCGCUCUAACUUUUGCAAUUGUUGAUUUACUAGUUAACAUUUUUGGAUUGGCCUGGAAUGGAAAAUUUUUCACCUUUGAUAAUUUACAACAUUGGUUCGAUUUUAGCCAUUACACGUUUACUAACAACCCGAUUGACUUUCUGGCUGUUGCAAUUCUUCGAAUUUGUAUUCUUCUGGGUGGUGCUGCAGGAGUUUAUUGUAACCCUAAAGGGGGUGCUGAAGCUUGUGCUACUCUUUCCAAUUUCACCUUUGCAUUAGUCCUUGUUAUUGUUGCCUUUUCUCCAAUAAAAUUGCUUGCUUUUUAUGAACAUGAGGACCUCAAAUUUGCUGUUGGAGAUUGGAUUCUUAUGAUUUGGUGCAUUCUAGCAGCUUUAUUUGUUCAAGCAAUUUGGGUUAGCGUGUUUGCUCGUGUUCGAGAAGUUAUUUUUGUUGGACGUCAAAGGCUAUUUUCUAAUGAAGACGAACAAUAUUUUUCUGAAUUGCAAAGAAAGGAAAGUGAAGUUGCUGACCAAAAACGAGAAACUUUUGUGAUGCUUUUCCGACUUCUUGGAUAUAUGGCAAAGGAAUGGCCAUUUUACAGUGUUGCUUUUAUCUUUUUGUUUUUCUAUUCGCUUUCUCGAGUUUUUGUGCCUUACUUUACUGGACAAGUGGUUGGAGCUGUCUUUGGUGCUGAAGCUUCUUAUGAACACCUUUUUAAUUAUGUCAUUAUUAUGGCCUCGCUUUCAUUAUCGAGUUCUGUCUUUGCCGGUCUACGUGGAGGGUUUUUCACUUAUUCUCAGGCUCGAAUUGAUAGAAGAAUUCGCGGAGAUCUUUUUAGUUCUUUUGUUAAACAAGAGAUUGGAUUUUUUGAUGCCAACAAAACUGGAGAAAUUUGUUCUCGAAUAAAUGCCGAUUGUCAAACAAUGUCAAACACAUUAGCACUUUACAUGAACGUUUUUUGUCGAAAUAUGACAAUGCUUGUUGGCUCGCUUAUUUUUAUGUUUUUGCUUUCUUGGCGUCUUACAGUUGUCACAUUUACUGCUGUUCCAAUUAUUUUUUUAAUCUCAAAAGUUUUCGGAGUUUACUAUGAUCAAAUAGCCGAAGAAAGUCAAAAUAGUGUGGCAAAAGCAAAUGAUGUUGCAGAGGAAGUAUUGAGUGCAAUACGUACAGUAAAGAGUUUUGCUUGUGAACGUUUUGAAUCUCUCCGUUUUCUUUCUUAUUUGAACGUCACUCUAAGCAUUGGUGCCCGUAAAGCAACUGCUCAUGUUGGAUUUCUUCUUACUACAGAGUUUUUACAAAUGGGAAUUCUUACUAUGGUGCUUUUUUAUGGCGGUCAUUUGGUAAUUCAAGGAAAAAUUGAUUCUGGACUUUUGGUUUCAUUUAUGCUCUAUCAAUUCCAGUUGGGGGAAAAUUUACGAGAAUUGGGCGAAGUUUGGAAUGGAUUGAUGCAAGCAGUUGGCGCCUCGAGAAAAGUUUUUGAAUUAAUUGACCGUCAACCUGAAGUCCUCAAUGACGGACACGUUGCCCUUGAUGAUAGAAUUGCUCGGAUGGAAGGACGAAUUGAAUUUAGAAAUGUUCAUUUUCAUUACCCGACACGGCCUAAUGUUCCUGUACUUAAAGGUCUUUCUUUCACGGUUGAACCAGGACAAAUAGUGGCACUAGUAGGACCUAGUGGAGGUGGAAAAAGUUCGUGUAUCGCUUUGCUUGAACAUUUCUAUGAACCUGAAUCUGGUGAGGUUCUUCUCGAUGGUGUGCCAGUGCGAGAUUAUGACCAUAAAUUUUUGCAUACAAAAGUAUCACUUGUUGGACAGGAGCCGGUUCUCUAUGCGCGUUCUGUUCGCGAAAAUAUUGCGUAUGGAAGCAAAGCAACUUAUGAAGAAGUACAACGAGCAUCAAAACAUGCAAAUGCCCAUGGAUUUAUUACGGAAGCACAAGAAGGUUAUGAGACUGAUGUUGGCGAAAAAGGAGGACAAAUGUCUGGAGGACAAAAGCAGAGAAUUGCCAUUGCUCGUGCACUUGUAAGGGAACCAGUUGUUUUGCUACUCGAUGAAGCGACGUCAGCACUUGACUCAGAAUCUGAACAUUUGGUACAGGAGGCUAUUCAACGAAAUCUUAGAGGCCGAACCGUGCUUUUAAUCGCACAUCGUCUAAGCACAGUAGAGAAUGCUGACAAAAUUGUUGUGAUUAGCGGAGGUCGGGUGGUCCAGGAAGGGGUACACAAAGCCCUAAUAGCUGAAGAUGGUCUAUACAAACAAUUGGUGCAGAGACAAAUGCUUGGUGGUGAGCUGAGUGAGGACUUUACAGCUCCAAAACACACUCAUGGUGGAAGAACUCCCCGUGCCCGGUCUGCUAGAAGAGUUCCACGUUCAACAUCUCCAAGUCAACAAAGUACAGUACAAUCUUUUCUUGGUUCAAGUAUGGCUAGCUCUUAUCUUUAA